GUGUAGGUAAAUUAGUCCGUUCAUUAGAUUAUCAGUGCAGUCAUUGAAGAGACGUUGAACAGACAAGAAACCCGCUGAAGAUUCUAACAGUUUAUGGUGAAUUAUAAUAUUGAACAGAAGACUCAAUGAGGUGGAUUACUGGUAUUAUUUAUAUAGUGUUGUUGGUGCAGACAUCAACAACAUUUUUACCUCCCCGUUGGCAACGAUGGCCCUGGGAAAAAGUUAAGCAUCCGGUGUCCAAAGCAGAACUUCCUAUUGAAGAUUGUGGUGUACACGAUAUCAUCUCGGUGCAAUUAUCCAGUUGUUCCUCGAUUCCUUGCUCAUUACCGCGUGGCACCGACGUAACAGUUGACGUCAAGUUCAAUGGCAACGAAAUCGCCUCACCAAUGAAGCAGGAAGUCUACUAUAUCCUAAACUCCGUAAGAACCAAGGCAACAAUCAUACCGGAAACCUGCGAGGGAGUCAACUGUCCUCUGCACGUGGACAAUGCGUUGCAAUUCAUCGCCACACUGCGCGUCAGUUCGUCGCUGCCAACGUUGCGAGGAACAUUGCACUGGGAACUGGUAAACGCCAACCAACAAGCAAUUGUGUGCUAUAAACUGCUAAUUUCAUCGGGUACCGAGCUGAGGAACAAACUAUUUAAGAAAGUUUCAGACAAGCGAUUGUUAGUGCAGUUGUUCCAGGUAUUGCAUUUGAGAAUGAACCAAUUCGUGAUUUUGCUGGUGCUGGUUCCGUUGGCAUUCGCCGAUGUGGUUCCUGUUAAAGAAUGCAAAGCUGGUGCUCUACCAUUUUCUGUCGAUAUAGUCGGCUGCACUAAAUUGCCUUGUGAUCUGCCACGAGGAGAGGAAGUUGUUGCCAACGUGGACUUCAGUCCAGAGGCAGAAGUAACCGAACUUCGACCAGUGGUUUUCGCAACGGCUCUAGGUAUUACGGUUCCAUUUGUGCUACCCAAUGAUCGUCAGAACGCAUGCGAUUGGCUAGAGGGGUCCCAAUGUCCCUUGUCAGCCGGAGAGGACGUACGGUAUGUGCUGCGGCUACCGGUGGAAAAAUCUUACCCGACGAUUCCAGUCGAUGUGGAACUACAACUGGUUGAUCAAAACGAUCAAUUUGUAAGCUGCUUCCGGGUGCAGGCAAAGGUUGUUUAAGCAAACAGUAAUAUUUAGGGACGAAUGACCGUUUGGGGUUUAAGUCCCUUUAAAAGAAAUCAAUUAUUUAGACUGAAUUGUGAGCUGUUUAUGUUCCUUAAUACUAUAUCCAGUAAUGUGUAAAACUUAAACAUUUUUAUGGCUAAUUGGAUUGUUUAGCGAUAGCAGUUUUAAUAUCAUCUGAAAGGGCUGCAUUUCCUAAGCAAAACGUGAUUCUCAAAAUUUUCUUUCAUUGUCCUUCGGAUUUCAAAUCACGAAUAAAAAACUGCUCGAAAUCGCUAUAAUGACAGUUCGUUCAUGCAUCAAUUGUCCUUCAAACGAUUUAGAGCAAAUUUUGUUCUUUAAAAAAUCGAAGGACAAUGAUUAAAAAAGCUAAAAAAUCACGUUUUGCUUGGGGAAUUGCGCUCUGUUAAACAACCCAAUUGAAUUAAACUAACAUCAUUGAAUUAGCCUGCAGGUCUCAAGAUACGAUGCUAACAAGUCAGUCGUCGUAUGUUAUUAUCCCCGCUCAGAAGAAACUAUUAUUUUCGAUAAGAUCGUAGCGCUAGCCCCGCAAUUGUCCUGUACACCAACAGUUAGCAGCAAAAUCGGCGUAUAAUAAACAAAAGGUCAAGUUUCGAUAGCGGAAUGUAGCACUAAGGCUUUGCUUGAUUCAUAGAAACUCAGAAUAUCUAACUAAAGCUUCGAGCAAAAUCAUUAAUAAGUUAUUUUGUUUUUAAAUCAGAGCAGAAGAUAGUUUAAUUAUGACUUGAAUAAAAUGAAAUAUAGAAUAGAAU